GAUCUUGGGCAGAAUGGAGGAACACACGGAGGCAGGCCUGGCACCAGAGCUGGGGGACCCGCAGGUCUUAAUCGACAAUCCUGCUGACAUCCUGGUCAUCACUGCUUAUUUCCUGCUUGUCAUUGGCGUUGGCUUGUGGUCCAUGUGCAGAACCAACAGAGGCACUGUCGGUGGCUACUUCCUGGCAGGACGAAGCAUGGUGUGGUGGCCGGUGGGGGCCUCUCUCUUCGCCAGCAACAUUGGCAGUGGCCACUUUGUGGGCCUGGCAGGAACUGGUGCUGCAAGCGGCUUGGCUGUGGCUGGAUUUGAGUGGAAUGCGCUGUUUGUGGUGCUGCUCCUGGGCUGGCUCUUCGCGCCGGUGUACCUGACUGCGGGUGUCAUUACGAUGCCGCAGUACCUGCGCAAGCGUUUUGGCGGCCAUCGUAUCCGCCUCUACCUGUCUGUCCUCUCACUUUUUCUGUACAUCUUCACCAAGAUCUCGGUGGACAUGUUCUCCGGGGCGGUAUUCAUUCAGCAGGCUCUGGGCUGGAACAUCUAUGCUUCUGUCAUUGCGCUCCUGGGCAUCACCAUGAUUUACACCGUGACAGGAGGGCUGGCAGCGUUGAUGUACACGGAUACGGUGCAGACCUUCGUCAUUCUCGGGGGGGCCUUCGUCCUCAUGGGUUACGCCUUCCACGAAGUGGGCGGGUAUUCGGGUCUCUUCGACAAAUACCUGGGGGCAGUGACUUCGCUGACGGUGUCCGAGGACCCGGCUGUGGGCAACAUCUCCAGCUCCUGCUAUCGACCCCGGCCCGACUCCUACCACCUGCUUCGGGACCCCGUGACCGGGGACCUGCCGUGGCCCGCGCUGCUCCUGGGGCUCACCAUCGUCUCGGGCUGGUACUGGUGCAGCGACCAGGUCAUCGUGCAGCGCUGCCUGGCGGGGAAGAGUCUGACCCACAUCAAGGCGGGCUGCAUCUUGUGCGGCUACCUGAAGCUGAUGCCCAUGUUCCUCAUGGUCAUGCCGGGCAUGAUCAGCCGCAUUCUUUACCCGGACGAAGUGGCGUGCGUGGUGCCCGAGGUGUGCCGGCGCGUGUGCGGCACGGAGGUGGGCUGUUCCAACAUCGCCUACCCGCGGCUCGUCGUGAAGCUCAUGCCCAACGGUCUGCGCGGACUCAUGCUGGCGGUCAUGCUGGCCGCACUCAUGUCCUCCUUGGCCUCGAUCUUUAACAGCAGCAGCACGCUUUUCACCAUGGACAUCUACGCGCGCCUGCGGCCGCGCGCGGCGGACCGCGAGCUGCUGCUAGUAGGACGGCUCUGGGUGGUGUUCAUCGUGGCAGUGUCGGUGGCCUGGCUACCCGUGGUACAGGCAGCGCAGGGCGGGCAGCUCUUCGAUUACAUUCAGGCGGUCUCCAGCUACUUGGCACCGCCGGUGUCUGCCGUCUUCGUGCUAGCGCUCUUCGUGCCCCGUGUCAACGAGAAGGGCGCCUUCUGGGGACUGAUCGGGGGUCUGCUGAUGGGCCUGGCACGCCUUAUUCCUGAAUUCUCCUUUGGCUCGGGCAGCUGCGUGCGGCCCUCGGCGUGCCCGGCACUCCUCUGCGGGGUGCACUACCUCUACUUUGCCAUCGUGCUCUUCGUCUGCUCCAGCCUCCUCACUCUCAUAGUCUCGCUGUGCACUGCACCCAUCCCCCAGAAGCACCUCCACCGCCUGGUGUUUAGUCUCCGGCACAGCAAGGAGGAACGGGAGGACCUGGAUGCAGAUGAGCUGGAAAGUUCACCACCCCCUGUACAGAAUGGGCGCCCAGAGCAUGCUAUGGAGUUGGACGAGCCCCAGUCCCCGGCACCAAGCCUAUUCCGCCAGUGCCUGCUCUGGUUCUGUGGAAUGAGCAGGGGUAGGGCAGGUAGUCCUCCACCUCCAACCCAAGAGGAGGUGGCUGCAGCAGCCAGGCGGCUGGAGGAUAUCAGCGAGGACCCAAGCUGGGCCCGUGUGGUCAACCUCAAUGCCCUGCUCAUGAUGACCGUGGCUGUGUUCCUCUGGGGCUUUUAUGCCUAAGGGCCAACUGUGUUGGACACUACAAAUCACAGCUAGGGCAGGGCUCAGCCUCACAGGAAGUGGUGGUGGGAAGCCUGCAGUGGUCCUCAGAAACAGGGAAGGAGUGGGAUGGGAAGGUCCUGAUUCCCCUUCUCUCAGCCUUAUCUUUGUCCUUCUGAUUGGCAGUCACUUCCCGUGAGGGCUUGGCCAACCUGCCACAGAUGUUCACCUAAGCAAAAAUAAAGCUGCCUUUCCCACA